AUGGAGGGCCAGGCAGGUCAGGCGCCAACCGGCCAGCCCCAGCAACAGCAGCAACAGCACCAAGUUCCACCUCAGCAACAGCCCUCGCUCAUCCGCACCGACCAGGUAGCCAAGCUGCCGCAUCUGAGCGAAGCCCAGAAAGUUCAACAAACACAAUAUGUGCGUGGACUGUGGGAGGUGUUGGGCUCGAGGGAACCGACGAGCGACGAUUAUCGGAGUGCGCAGUUGAAGCUGGUGCAGGUGUCGCAGAGUCUGAUGAAGGGAAUGCAGAUGUACAAGCAGCGGUUGCAGCAGCAGCAGCAACAACAGGCGCAGGCGCAGGCUCAGGCGCAGGCUCAAGCGCAGGCUCAAGCACAGGCACAAGCCCAAGCCCAAGCUCAAGCCCAGGCCCAGGCUCAGGCUGCUCAGGCUCAGGCUCAGGCCCAAGCUCAAGCCCAAGCCCAAGCUCAAAACGCAUCAACUCAGAACCAAGGACAGCAGCAGCAGCAACCACAACAACCACAACAACAGCAGGCACAACAGGCACAGCAGGCACAACAACGGGCUCAGGCAACCAAUAAUCCAACCGCGUUCAACCAGCUGCUCCCAGCCAUCCAGAACAAAGUGAACAACACCCAGUUUCACCUCCCGCCCGCCGUGAACCCCCAACAAGCCGCCAGCUGGCUCACCGAGGCCAAGCUGCGAUAUGGCAUGGCGGUACAGAAGCAGGAAAUGGGGCGACAGCGCAGCAUGGAGGUGCGCCAACAGGUCCAGGCUCGCAACAACGGCACGAACCCGAUCAACCAGGAGGAAAUGCAAGAGUUCCGCAACCGCCAGGCGCAGGCGGAGAAGCUGUAUCGCGAGGGUGGUGAAUUCUUGAAGAAGUUCCAGGAGCAACAGGAACAGUUCAAGCGUGCUGCAGCUGGCGGUGCUGCUGCUGCUGCUACUGGAGCUCAGGGAGGAGCUGUUCCUGGGGCACAGCAGCAACAGCAACAACCACAGGCUCCAGGCCAGCAGCAACAAGGCCAACAAGGACAACAGGGACAGCAACAACAAACGGCGGCGGGCAGCGCGGGAGUCACGGGAGUUGGAGCCUCAACAGGGCAGGCGCAAACACCCGCCCCGCACACCGUCAACUCUGCCGUCAACGCAGCUCGCAUCCAGGGACAGACUCAACAAGCUCAGGCUCAAGCCCAGACUCAGGCGCAACCACAGGCAGCUAUGACUUCGGCCACGCAGAUGGGCCAGGCGCAGACACCGACCUUACCACAAGCUCCGACGCCCGGCACGCAGACCGCCACACCGGCCACGCAAGUGACCUUUAGCCAGGUCGCCGGUCAGCCUCAAGCGCAGACAGCACAAGGACAAGCACAACAACAACAACAACAACAACAACAACAACCUCCAGUCCAGCAUACCGAUGGCCAGGCGCCUGGUGCCCAGGGUCCACCGCGUCCAUUGUCUCACGAAGCUGCCAUCUCGCAGGCUGCAAAGUCCUACCAGGGCAACAAGCAGCAGCAACCACAACAGCAGCAGCAGGCAGGCACGCCUCAAGGUGCAACAAACCCCAAUGCCAAUCCUCCAGGAUACAUGGCUAACCGAUCAGUGGAAAACACAACACGCAACGUCAAUAUGGCCAUUCCCAAGAACCUAAACAUGCAGCCGCCCGAGCCAGUCGCCAUGGGCACUCCGCGUCCGACGCUGUCAAGCGGUCCCAGCCACGGCGCCAUGGGUGUGAUGGGGCAGCCAGCAAUUCAAAAACACCCUGGCUAUGUUCUCGAGGGCGAGGGGCAGCGCGUGCUGAGCAAGAAAAUGCUGGACAUUUUGGUUCGUCAGGUCACUGGAGGGGGGGAAGGUGAGGGUUUGACCCCGGAUGCCGAGGAGUUCAUCUUACAAAUGGCCGACGACUUUGUCGACGACGUCAUCACCGCAGCCUGCCGUCUGGCCAAACUGCGUCCAUCCUCGACGCUCGAGAUCCGCGACAUCCAGCUUGUGCUCGAACGCAACUACAACAUGCGCAUCUCGGGCUUUUCAACAGACGACCUACGCACGGUUAAGAAGCCGCAGCCGGCGCAAGGGUGGACGCAGAAAAUGUCUGCCGUGCAGGCGGCCAAAGUGACACAGGGCAAAGCUGAAUGA